GUUGAGGCAACAACUUAUCGUGGUAUGGCUUUUGUGACGAAGAAAUGGAGGAAGAGAGGAGUUACUUAGGUUUAUUAACUGGAAUAGCUCGCCAAACUUAUUAUCAAGAUGCAGAAAUAACUGAUGAUUUGUUAAAGAAUGAGCUUUAUCCUAAUUUGUCUGAGGAAGAAUUCAUGCGGAUAAGACAUCAAUGUGCAAAUUUGAUAAAGAGUAUGGCUGUUUCCGAUAUGGAUUUUAACCAGUUAGAAGCUUUCCUUACAUCGCAAGUAAAACGCAAGGGAGGAAUCACGAACGAACAAUCGAAGAUUUUGUCGAAAUUUUGGAAGACUCACAAAGCCAAAAUCCACUCUAGUCUAGUCGCUAAAUCUUGCUGGAACCAAACUCUGAAAGAUUUUCGUUGGAGAACGGAUCUUAAAAGCUGUACAAAAGAUAAUAACGAUGUUAAUGUGCCAAUCGCAAUCGUCGAUUUAGAAGUCGAAAAUAAAUGUGAUGAAAAUCAGGUUUCCCAUUCUAUAAAGUUCGAAAUCGAAAAGGAGAAAUUGGACGAUAUUGUAUCUAGUCUAAAAGAAAUAGAGUUGAUUUUGAAUAAUUACUGUAAAAAGUAAUUCUGAAACAUUCCAAUUAAUAAUUGUUCUAUUAUUGUGAUGUGUUUAUAUUAUAAAUCUCAAAUCCCAUUUUUAAAAGAAAAUUGUAAAACCUGAUUUUAUUUGAUGUAGCUGUUGUGAUGAAUGCAACAUGCACUUCAUUAUCAUCAGUGGGAGAGCCACUCAUUGUUAAUUUAAGAAUAUCGUUAUAAUUUCAUAAAAUAUUCCAAUAAUUUACUACAUAAUAUGUAUGGAUGGAAUGGUAAAAUAUCUUUACCAAAUUCAUUUUUCAAAAGAAUACUGUGUUUAUUCAUUGGUGAAUAUAGUGUGAGCAAAAUAUUACACUAACUGGAAGAAUUUUGAUUUUUUUUUUCCAGUAAUUAAGUAAACAAGACGGCUUAUUAAAAUUUUAUAUUAUAAAAA